AUGGCAAGCACAAGUUCAAAGCGGAAGGCGGAGCCUAAGGAGGCUGAUGCCGGACCUAGCAGCAAGAAGUCGGCUGCGGGUCCCAGUCUUGUGAAUCCGAAGCGCUGGAAGGUCCUGCACGAGGGCACCGCCGGUGACGGACCGGUCAUUUACUGGAUGUCGCGGGACCAGCGCAUGCGCGACAACUGGGCGCUGCUGCACGCGCUGGAGCAGGCCGGCAAAAAGGGCGCCCCUGCGGCCGUCGCCUUCAACCUGGUGCCGGAAUUCCUGGGGGCCGGGGCGCGCCAGUUUGUGUUCAUGCUCAAGGGGCUCAGGGAGAUGGCCCCGCGGCUGGAGGCCCACGGCAUCCCCUUCUUCCUGCUGCAGGCACGCGAUUCGAAUUUCAAAGGCGACCCUGCUGCGACCAUCCCCAAGCUCGUGCGGGACACGGGGGCGGGCCUGCUGGUGACGGACUACAGUCCGCUGCGCCUUGGCCGCCAGUGGCGCGACCAGGUGUCUGCGGCGCUGGGCGCGGUGCCGUUCCACGAGGUGGACGCGCACAACGUGGUGCCCGUGUGGUCGGCGAGUGACAAGCGGGAGUACGGGGCGCGCACGAUCCGCCCCAAGAUCCACAAGGCGCUGCCUGAGUUUCUGUGCGAGUACCCAGAGACGCCCCGCCCUGCGCCCUGGACGUCAGCCGUGAAGCCCGACCCCAUCGACUGGGAGGCCCUGCUGUCUGAGGUGCGGCGGCGGGGCGCGGCCGUGCCAGAGGUCCGCUGGUGCACGCCCGGGGAGGACGGCGCGCAUGACGCACUCCUGGGGGAACAAGGCUUCCUCACUCCGGCGCGGCUGGCGCUGUAUGACGCCAAGCGGAACGACCCGGGGGAGCCGCAGGCGCUGUCCAACCUGUCGCCCUGGCUGCACUUUGGCCAGCUCAGCACCCAGAGGGCGGCCCUGGAGGCCGCCAAGUUGCGGGGCAAGUACAAGAUCCUGUCACUGGUUGUGUGA